UCUCUUUCUUUAAAGUUUGAACAUUCAGCUCUCUUUUUUCUCUAAAGUCCUCAAACUUAGUCUCUCUCUCUCUCUACCAUAGUACUGUUGCAGUCCAUGAUGGCUAGCUUGAUGAAUUGUUUCAGAAACACCGAGGCUGAUCGUAGCACAUACAACAAUGAAAGAUUUGGACUAAGGGAAUACAGCUAUGCUAAACUAGCAGAUGCAACUGACAAGUUUUCUAAUGCAAAUCUCCUUGGCGAGGGUGGUUUUGGUCAAGUCUACAAGGGAUCACUAGAUGGCAAAGUUGUUGCUAUUAAGAAACUUAAACAACUUCCGGAUGAACAGUCUAAAGAAGGAUUGGAACAAGAGAUUAAGGUUGUUAGCCAUGUAAGUCACAAAAAUCUUGUGAAGCUGGUCGGAUACUGCAUCGAAGGAGCUAAUAGAUUGCUAGUUUUGGAGUAUGUUUCUCAAAAAUCAUUGACAUUUCAUUUACAUGGAAACAAGAAUUUGGAGUGGAAGGAUAGAAUGAAAAUUGCUAUAGGCUCGGCUAAGGGUUUGGAAUAUCUACAUGAACUAUGUAAACCCAAAAUUAUACAUCGUGACAUUAAGGCGGAUAAUAUUCUUAUUGACGAUAAUUUUGAACCAAAGGUUGCAGACUUUGGACUUGCCUUGUUUUUUCCAGAAACUAGUAGCCUCACUCAUAUCUCUAUAUCAAAUAAGGGUACUGAAGUUUAUGCAGAUCCAGAAAAUUAUUUUCAAAGAGUCUCUGAAAAGUCAGAUGUUUAUUCUUAUGGAGUUGUGCUUUUAGAGCUAAUAACUGGUAGAAAAACUAAGGUUGAAAGCACUGAUAUUGUUACUUGGACAAAAUCUCGAAUUGAACAUGCUUUAUACAACAAAGAAUAUGCAAAUUUUAUAGAUUCCAAACUACAGGCGAACUAUGUGGAAACAGAAUUAAAAAUAAUGAUUGCUUGCGCUGCAGCUUGCUUGUAUAAACCUUCAUACUUUCGCCCACAAAUGAGACAGAUAGUUCGAGCUCUUGAAGGAUAUAUGCCUAUAAAGGAUAUAUGGGAUGAGAAGAAGGACUACAAAUUUAUCAAUAAUCUAGAUAGCUCUAAAUCUAAUGGAAUCGAUAAAUUUGACGAAUUCCAGCAAAUGGUACCAAAGCCUAUUGUCAAUUCAGAAGCUAAUAAUGGCGUUGAGCAGAGGGAAUUUACUCUUGGAGAACUCAAGAUGGCAACAAAUGGUUCGUCUAAUACCACUAAAGGCGCUAAAAGGUUUCAAGCUUAUUUUGAAGAAGAUUAUAAGGUGACUAUAUUUACUUAUCAAGGACUAAGGUUUCCAUAUUCUUGCAUUAACAGUUUCAAGCUUCCCCACCUUAAGGACAAACACUUGUUCUCACCUUCUACUUCUGCAACACCUCUCAAGUUGGACAUUCCAGGAAGAACUCAUAAGCCUUCUGUGCCCUUUACAAAAAGCUCCCAAUUGUUGUCACUAAGAGCUUACCAAGUAACAAGUGAGAACUCUGAGGAAACGUUAAGUGGUGAAAGCAUAAUACAGGAUGAACAUGCCUUAAUGCGGGAUCUGCAGAUUGCCAUUGAAGUAGAGAAUUACGCACAGGCUACAAAACUCAGGGAUAGCCUUAGAAUACUCCAGGAGAACAAUAAGGCUUCAGUACUGGCAGCAAAUAAUCAGUUUUAUGAUGCUUUCAAGAAUGGGAAUUUGGCGUCUAUGCAAGCCCUUUGGGCAAAAGGAGAUAACGUCUGUUGUGUACACCCAGGAGCCAAAUGGGUUAUUGGUUAUGAUGAGGUUAUCAAAAGUUGGGAGUUUGAGUGGAUGUACUAUGACUUCCCCCUUGAGAUUGAACUGAAAAAUGUUGGAGUUCAUUUUAAGGGUGAUAUAGGUUAUGUUACUUGUUUGGAAGUUGUUAGGACAAAAGGUGGUGGUUGGGGGUCACAUUUUGCAACGAAUGUUUUUGAGAGAAUUGAUGGGCAAUGGUUCAUCUGUAUUCACCAUGCCUCAUGAAUCCACUCGUAAGAAACUUUGAAUACAUGUGUAAGGCAUGCAGAAAAUGAUUUUUA